UUUUGGAGCAAUGCAGUACCCAUCAUGAGCAGUCUCCUGCAUUUCAGCCUAGCUGGGGGUUUCUCUUCCCCCCGGAUCACCCGCGUCCUCAGUCUAUCCUCGUAUCUUACACCGCCUAGCAUGAAAUCGGGAUUGCUAAACGACGAGACAGUCACUAGAGUGUCGAGCGACCGCACUUUCUCGCGGUUAAACGAAACGGCCCAGUUCGUUCUCGAAGUCAUGGGAGCGCCAUCUUCGCCCCUCAUGCACCAGCAUGCAUCUUCUCUCGCCGAACUCAACCAAGAGAAAGUGCACGAGCAUUAUCUUGCGGCGACACUGGCAUCUUUUUCCAUCGCCCCGCUUGUAUGCAUAAAACAGAUGGGAUGUCGGGUGAGUAAACAAGAGGAGGAAGACUUCAUCGCCUUGUGGCGAGUCGUGGGGUACCACCUCAGUGUCGCACCUGACAUUCUCAGUCAACAUUUCGCAAGCCCGAAACAAGCAACGAAGUUCCUGGCGAGCUGCGUAAUCCACCUCCUCGACUUCUCGGAACAGGACUUGAACUCGCCCCGGCCUCCAACAAUUCCGAUACUGAAGGCAAUCAGUGAGCGACCUCCCUUCCGCACCAGGUUGGCGUACCAUAUGGCGCUGACCCGAUUCCUGCUGGGCCCGAAGCUGUCUGACUACCUCGGAGUCGAUCCAACAACCACGUAUGAAGCGCUUCGCCUGAAAAUAUAUUUGUUCGUCUCCCAUUACCCGAAACGAUUCGGCGAAAUUUAUCCACGCAAAGACUGGGAACAACGGCGUGUCAGUCUGGUGAAAGAAGCUGUUUGUCGGCUCACACGAUUCAACCUUGGGAUGAGAAAGACGCUCUAUCGCCCCCGAGACGCGGAGCACCCUGAGCUUGAGCCCAGGGUGAAGGAAUUGGAGACCAUAGUGCCCGAUUUUGAGGGCGGUAGGAAGAUGGUGAGGGAGUACCGACUUACGUUGCUUGAAAUGGGAAGUGUCACGGCGGGUGUGGUGACGCUCGGUUGUGUGGCCCUUUGGGUACUCGCAUCAGGGUAA